AUGAGACAUAUAAAGCAAAUCCAUACCCAUAUUGUCAAGGCUGGCUUUGGUCAGAAUCUUUAUGUUGUUGGCAAGAUCAUUGUGUUUUGCGCUGUUUCAGAGUAUGGAUCAAUGGAUUAUGCCAUUUCGGUUUUUGAAAAGAUUGAAAACCCGGAUGAGUUUCUUUGGAACACAAUGAUCAGAGGGUUUGGGAGCACAGGUCAAGUAGGAAAAGUUUUUGAUUACUAUAAGAAAAUGCAAGAGAAAGGGGAGGUAUCAGAUAACUUCACCUUCUCUUUUUUGCUCAAAGUUAGUGGGAAAUUGGGGUUAAGUAUGAUGGGAAAGCAGAUUCAUUGUAGUACCCUGAAGCAUGGGUUGGAUAACCAUGUGUUUGUGCGAAACACUCUCAUUCACAUGUAUGGUAUGUUGAAUGACAUUGGGACUGCAAACCAGUUGUUCGAAGAAAUACCCAAAUCAGACUUGGUAUCUUGGAAUACCAUCAUUGAUUGCCAUGUUUAUUGUGGGAAGUACAAAGAAGCACUUGAUUUGUUCUUACAAAUGCGGCAAACAGGCAUAGAACCUGAUGAGGCCACAUUGGUUGUGACCCUCUCGGCAUGUUCUGCAUUGGGUGCACUAGAUUUUGGGAGGUGGAUUCAUUCUUGCGUUGAUAAUACUAGUUUUGUCGACAUAGUUUCAGUCUCCAAUUCACUGAUUGAUAUGUAUGCCAAGUGUGGAGCAGUUGAAGAAGCAUAUGUGACAUUCAGUAAGACACGGGUUGGGAGUGUCGUAACAUGGAAUACGAUGCUAUUAGGGCUGGCGAUGCAUGGUCAUGCCCAAGAGGCAUUGAAACUCUUCUCGAGAAUGAUACAUGAAAAGCUCGAGUCACCGAAUGACGUUACCUUCUUAGGAGUAUUAUGCGCAUGUAGCCAUGGAGGGAUGGUUGAUGAAGGAAGAAGGUACUUUGAUCUCAUGAUCAGAGACUACCAUAUCCUACCAACAGUGAAGCAUUAUGGGUGCAUGGUUGAUAUUCUGGGCCGUGCAGGGUUUGUGGAGGAAGCUUAUCAACUAAUAAGAAGCAUGCCAGUGAAAUGUAAUGCUGUUGUGUGGAGGACAUUGUUGGCUGCUUGUCGGUUGCAUGGCAAUGUUGAACUAGGGGAGGAGGUUAGAAGGCAUCUUUUGGAGUUGGAACCAGAUCACAGCAGUGACUAUGUUCUUCUAGCCAAUUUGUAUGCAAGUACAAACCAGUGGAAUGAGGUGGUGAGAGAGAGAAAAUCAAUGAGGAACAUGGGAGUCCAAAAGCCGAAUCCUGGUAACAGCAUAAUUGGCUUACCUGAUAGAGUGAGUCUACAGACGGAGCUAACUGAUGCUUGUUAG